AUGGACGCCGCUGCAUUCCUGCAGCGUUUUCAGACGUUGAACCCCUCGCUGGAGGCCACUGGUGAGCAGGUCCUGCCAUAUUUGGAAGAGGCAUUCGGUCGCAGCGACAGUGGCGCCGCCUGGGACAGAGAUGUUAUUCGACUAACCAGCCACGGUCUAGGCGUGCCACUGUGCUGGGAGUUCCGGCUGCGCGUGCUGCCCGGCGGCCUGGCAGCGCGCCUGGUGCGCCCUCUGUUAGUGGCGCUAGGCCAGGCGCAGCAGCGCGAGCGCCGCCUGCUGGCCGAGGUGGCCGCUCGCGACCGCGAGCUGGACGACUACCGACGCUCCGGUGCGCACUUGAUCCUGAAAGGGCUGCGCACGGAGCCACUGGACGCGGCGCGCUUCGAUGCCGAGAUGGCCGGCCUCGGCGCCCGUCCGGCCGACCUGGUAGACUCCAUGACGGCGGCGGAUGGCCCUAGCUCCCGUGACCCCAUGAACGGCGCGCUCUACGAGGAGGCGGGCGGCGCCAUCCGGCACGGCGCGGCGCAGCCCUGGGGCUACGCCGAGGCGCCGCACCCGGCCGGCAGCGCCGCCUUCGACGCCGGCUACCAGCCGGCCUUCGGGCGCGACGCCAUGACCUCGAUGGCGUCCAGCUACUACAACCUGGCCGACACGCGCCACGACCGCAAGCCGCUGGCGUUCUGGCCAACAAGUACGACUACGCCGCCGGUCCCGUCCACCAUGGCCAGCGCCGAGACGUGCCAGCCGUUCGCCGCGCAGACCUGGUGCAACUACUCGGCGUACGGCCGCGUGCCGGGCCCGAUGGAGGGCCACGGCCAGCACAUGCCCUACCUGCACGCGGCCGAGGACUCGCGCCGCGCCAUGGAGGUCUCGUACCCGCACGACGCGUACGGCCUGCGCACGUACCCGGGCGCCGAGGGCAUCCCGCCGGCUCCGUACCACCCAGGUGAGAGCAGACCCUGGCCGCCGCCCCCGUGCCUGCCGCCCGCCCCCGUGCCGCACCCCGGCCGCCUGAGCACCAACCCGUUGGAGUGGACCGGCAACGUGUCGGUUCGAAAGAAGCGGAAACCCUACUCCAAGUUCCAGACGCUCGAGCUGGAGAAGGAGUUUCUCUUCAACGCGUACGUGUCAAAACAGAAACGCUGGGAGCUGGCCCGCAACCUCAACCUAACCGAGAGACAGGUGAAAAUCUGGUUCCAAAAUAGGCGAAUGAAGAACAAAAAGGCCACGCAGCGGGCACAGAGCCAGGAGAGCUCUUCGAACGGCAGUAUAAACGGCAAAGGAGGGUAACUAUGUGUCGCAGACGGUGUCCGUGGUUCCGGCAGGCCAAAGAUGUCAGUGCUAAGGGGACGGGCCCAAACGCGGAGCCCCUCCCCGCCCUCCCGCCGGGCGCCGAGUGACGUCAUGCGCGCGUGCCUCUGCGUCCCAAGCACCUCCAUCCGGCGGAUUCUCGGCGGGCGGAAUGCACGACGGGUGCCC